AUGUGGCCGCUGCGGGUCUACACCCGCAAGAAGCGGGCAGGCCAGAGGCUGAACCUCACUCCGACUCCGGACCUCAGGCUCCCGACGAAGACGGAGGCCUCUUCGGCUCUCGGCGGCCGGAAGAGACCAGGCAAGGAGCAAGGUUUGCCGAGGAUUGGGGAGAAGGUUGAGCAGAGCGGCUCUGGGCUGGCGAGCGAUCAGGUAGGAGAGGAAAGCGUGCGGGAGCGCAGCACCACCAGCGAGGAGACCCAGGAUGAGAAGGGCCCUCCAGGCAGUGAGUCAGUGACUGAUGACUUCCAGGUUAACAGUAGUUCAUCAGGUAGUGAACUGGUAUCAGGACUAAGUUUGCCAUAUGAUAUUUCCAAUUCCUUCCUGAGUUACUCAGUCACAGAGUCUUCUACUGAAUCCAAGAGCACUGAAGAGAAUAUAAGUAGCUUCUCAUCACCUGAGCUGUUCAGAGGAUCUGAUUGUUUGGACUGGGAAUGUCCCAAGUUGGAAGACUACUUACAAUGCAAGAAUUCCACUCUUCUGGACACUAGUAAAGCAGUAGCAGUUGAGAAGGUACCACAGUUUUCAAACUUCUCUUCAAUUUUGGGUACUUCUUCAGAAAACUAUCAGAAAUAUCAUAGAAAAAUAGUGAUGACAUUGACAGACCAAAAUAUUUCUCCAGAACCAAAGUGUACUUCAAAUUCAGCAUCAGAUAAUGAAACUUGUGAAGUUUUACUGCCUGAGGAAACUUGCCCUUCAACCCUCAAAAAAACAAAGAAAAAACAAACAAAUUCUGGUGUUCCUGAUAAGAAAAGCAGAGGCCUGUUAACAAGCACUCCAGCUUCAGAGACAGCUGAUUUUGUGAUUGAUUUGUCCUCAGUGCAAAAAACAACUUUUGAAGAACUAUUUUCAAAUGUCAGCAAUUAUGUUAAUUCAAAUGAAAUUGUUCCUGUGUCAAGUUUGCAAGAAAAUUCUUCAAAAGAG